UGCAUGAGAAAUAAUUUUCCAACCAUUUUAUUUUGUAAAAUAUUUUUUACGACUGUGGUAACGCGAGAAAAAAACUCAGUCAAAAUCUCUCCCAAAUCCCGCUGUUACUUGAUCUCUUCCUUCAGAAUCAACCUGCAAAAACGCCGGCGUUUUCCACCUUCGUCCCUGAUCCCGGCAAAUGUCACGACCUCCUUAAAAUUCCUCUCGCUCUCGUUCUAGAAUAUAAUUAUAUAUAUUUUUUCUUUUUCAGUCUCUAUCUCUCUUAAAAUAUAAAUACCUGACUCCGCCCCUAUUGAUUUUUUUCUUCCUUUUAAGAUUCAACUCACACCUUUAAAACUGCAAAGCAAUCCUUCUUUUUGCCCUUUCCUCUCUGUACACUUUCUUUUUUCCCUAUUCUUCUUUUGGUGUGUUCGUUCGCUUAAAGUCAAAAUAUUCGUGUUUGGAAUCAUCGAAAACGUGGAAAUUUGAAAAUGAGAAUUCAAAUCCUUGAUUCCGUUGUACACGGUUUUCAAUUCUAGAGAUGAGAGAUCAAGUCAGUCAGUUUUUAUUUUUCUUUUCAUUUUUUUCGUAACGGUGUUUACGAUAUCGCAGAACAGGAAGCGAAGAUUUUUCAGAAUCCGAGCUUCCAAUUCCGCGAGAUUGAAUUUUGAAUUUUUUUGUUGUUCUUAGAGAGCUGGAUUGGUAUCAGGGUGUAAAUAAGGUGGUUUGGAGAGGGUAAAAAAUGUCGAAAGUGAUAUACGAAGGGUGGAUGGUGAGGUAUGGAAGGAGGAAGAUCGGGAGAUCGUUUAUUCAUAGGAGGUAUUUCGUUUUGGAGCCCAGGCUUCUUGCUUAUUACAAGAAAAAACCACAGGAUAAUCGGGUGCCAAUCAAAACCUUGUUGAUUGAUGGGAAUUGUCGGGUAGAAGAUCGAGGCCUGAAGGUUCACCAUGGACAUACUCUUUAUGUUUUAUCUGUAUAUAACAAGAAAGACAAGUAUAAUCGGAUCACAAUGGCAGCAUUUAACAUCCAAGAAGUAUUUAUCUGGAAGGAAAAAAUUGAAUUUGUAAUCGAUCAGCAUCAGGAGUCCCAAGUUCCCAAUGGUAACAAAUAUGUCUCAUUCGAAUACAAAUCUGGAAUGGAAAAUGGGAGGACUGCUUCUUCAUCGGAUUGUGAAAGUCAGCUCAGUGCACAGGAAGAUGAAGAUGAAAAUGAAAAUCAUCCAAAUUUGUUGCGGAGAACAACCAUGGGAAACGGUCCUCCUGCUUCAGUAUUUGACUGGACCCAGGAAUUCGACUCGGAAUUGACAAACCAGAAUCCCAACAACCAAGUAUUCUCAAGAAAGCAUUGGCGCCUUUUACAGUGCCAAAAUGGACUCCGCAUUUUUGAAGAGCUGGUUGAAGUUGACUACCUUCCAAGGAGCUGCAGUCGAGCGAUGAAGGCUGUAGGUGUUGUUGAGGCUAGCUGCGAAGAAAUAUUUGAACUUAUAAUGAGCAUGGAUGCUACACGUUUUGAGUGGGAUUGCAGUUUCCAGUAUGGUAGCGUAGUUGAAGAGGUAGAUGGACAUACAGCAAUACUCCAUCAUAUACUUCAGCUGGACUGGUUUCCAACAUUUGUGUGGCCGCGUGACCUUUGCUAUGUGCGAUAUUGGCGGCGAAAUGAUGAUGGCAGCUAUGUUGUGCUAUUUCGUUCCAGAGAGCACGAGAACUGUGGUCCACGACCAGGCUAUGUGCGGGCCCAUAUCGAGAGUGGAGGUUUCAAUAUUUCUCCUUUAAAACCUCGUAAUGGGAAACUCAGAACGCAGGUGCAGCAUCUUAUGCAGAUUGAUCUGAAAGGAUGGGGUGUGGGUUAUGUUUCAUCAUUUCAGCAACAUUGUCUUCUUCAGAUGUUAAAUAGUGUUGCUGGACUGCGUGAAUGGUUUUCCCAGACAGAUGAGAGAGGUGCCCCUCCAAGAAUCCCAGCGAUGGCCAAUAUGGCUUCAGCCCCUGCUUUGUCAAAGAAAAAUGUAAUGCUGCAAGAAUCUUCUGUUCAUCCGACUCCACCUUCUUUCAAUCUGAUAAAUGCUGCUGGCCAAAACUCUGUAAGGAGGGAUGGAUACCCCGAUCAAAUAGCUGAAGAAGAACAAGAGGCUUGCCAAACCAAGCAUGAGAAUGAUGCGAAGAGAACAGCUUCAGAAGAAGAACCAGUUGAUCAAAUCGAUUUAUCCUGUUUUUCGGGUAAUCUACGUCGUGAUGACCGUGAUAAUACCCGUGACUGCUGGCGAAUAUCUGAUGGAAACAACUUCAGAGUCCGUAGCAAGCAUUUUUGUUUUGACAAAUCAAAGGUUCCUGCAGGAAAACAUUUGUUGGAUCUUGUUGCUGUUGAUUGGUUCAAAGAUACAAAAAGAAUGGACCACGUUGCUAGGCGUCAAGGAUGUGCGGCACAAGUUGCUUCAGAGAAAGGGCUUUUCUCUGUGGUUUUUAAUCUGCAAGUACCCGGCUCAACGCACUACAGUAUGGUAUUUUAUUUUGUGACAAAGGAAUUAGUACCUGGAUCUCUCUUGCAACGAUUUGUUGAUGGUGAUGAUGAAUUCCGCAACAGUAGGCUUAAGCUUAUUCCAUCAGUUCCCAAGGGCUCAUGGAUUGUCCGGCAGAGUGUUGGAAGCACCCCGUGCUUAUUGGGAAAAGCAGUUGAUUGCAACUAUAUCCGUGGUCCCAAGUACCUAGAAGUUGAUGUUGAUAUCGGCUCUUCUACUGUUGCUAAUGGAGUUUUGGGGCUUGUAAUUGGUGUAAUUACAACAUUGGUGGUUGACAUGGCUUUCCUUGUACAGGCUAAUACUACUGAAGAAUUGCCGGAGAGGCUGAUAGGUGCUGUUCGUGUUUCUCAUAUAGAGCUCUCAUCUGCUAUUGUUCCCAAACUGGAUCCAGAUACGUCAUGACUGUCAGAAACCAUUGAUCUCCACUGAUUUUACCCAACCAUUUGUUUAGAUGCAUGCACGAGUCUCACUUGUUGUGUCCUUUACUGGAAGUGUUUUCAAAUGGAAUUUUGCAUGGAAAAAAAAAAAAAGAUGGCGGAAGGGAAUCUGUUGUCUGCUAACUGUUCCAGCUUUCAAUGUCGCGCUUACCAUCGGAAGAAGGUGAGACAAAAAUUUAAUUUGAGUUGACAUCAUCAUGGCACACGUCAGGAAGCAUUAUUUGCCAUGCGGUCGUGUUUUGUCCAUGACAAUGCGUCAUCGAGUUGAGUUGGGUUCUUACCCUUCGGCAUUGCACUUUCAGGUGAAGAAGCUGAAAGUUAAUGAUGGAAUCCAUAUCAUUGGAUAAAAACCACGGCAGUCCCUCUGUAAGAUUCAGCAACUAAAGCCUGAAUGAAACAAUAUGGUCAAAUUUCAUCUUGUAUUUGUGAGAUUUAGUCAUUUUAAUCAAAUUGUAAGAGUUCUACCA